AACAAGUGUCAGUUUAUUGGAUGAUUCUGUCAAAGUAGGUAGCUGUUUACGUUUUGUAUCGUUAUUUUGCGAUCGUUUUGCACAACUUUUGUUAUAUCUUAUUGUUUUUAUGAUAACGCUUUAUCCCUACGUCUUUAUGGUGAAAUAUAAAUGUGAUAUUUCUUUAUGUUUUAUGAACAAUGUCAGAUGUCAAGAGGUGAAUAGUCUGUGUUUUGUGUUCUAACGUGUGAGUGACAGUUUUUAUAUUGUUUGGGAUUUGGAGCGAUAAACAUAUCGGUAAGCCGUCGCCGUCGUUAGUUUCCCGUCCUUAGAAGUUGAAUCAUUAUCCAUAGUACUACAAGGUGGGAUGACACAGUGUUUGUACGUGUCAACAUUCGAGACGUUUAUCGGGAAAUUUUAAUUUGAUUGUGGUUGAGAAAUAGUGCGUGGGUGUCCCUUAUGUCAAGGAUUGUUGGUUAGGACGCUCGGUGUAGUACUGUGCGGGUGGGUCGCAGAUGCGGUUGUGAUUGUGGGUUGUGGUGGUAAUUGUCAUGGUGACGUCAUGGCGCGCGCUGGCGCUGCUGGCGGCGCUGCACGCAUGCGCGGCGCUCCCCCAGCCCGUGUACCACAACCAGUUCGCCGUGCACGUGCCCGCCGGGCCCGACCACGUCGAUGACAUCGCCAGGAGACACGGUUUCAUCAACCAUGGACAGAUUGGUUCACUGAAGCACUACUACUUGCUGUCGCACCACGAGAUUCACAAACGGUCCGCGGAGCCGAGUCACGAACACCAUCGCAAGCUAAACGAUGAGCCGCAGGUCCGAUGGUUCGAGCAGCAGCGUGAGAAGCGUCGCAUGAAGCGCGACUACUCGCCGUACGACCGCGCGGCGUUCUCGCAGCUCUCACGCCGGUUGCAGCCGCACCGCCCUCACUACCGCGCGCUCGCCUCCUCGCCUUUCUUCCCCGACCCUCUGUUCAAGGAGCAAUGGUAUUUGAAUGGAGGUGCCAAGGAUGGCUUGGAUAUGAACGUGGCUCCCGCAUGGCAGAAAGGUUACACGGGGAAAGGCGUCGUAGUCUCAAUCUUAGAUGACGGUAUACAAACCAACCACCCUGAUCUGGCACAGAAUUACGAUCCCAAUGCGUCUACGGAUAUUAAUGGUAACGAUGACGACCCGAUGCCCCAAGAUAAUGGCGAUAACAAACACGGGACUCGAUGUGCUGGCGAAGUGGCUGCAGUGGCUUACAACCAGUACUGCGGAGUCGGUGUCGCCUAUAACGCCAGUAUAGGAGGUGUGAGGAUGUUGGAUGGAGUCGUCAACGAUGCUGUUGAAGCGAGAGCAUUGGGUCUUAACCCAGACCACAUCGAUAUUUACAGCGCUUCCUGGGGACCCGAAGACGAUGGUAAAACUGUUGAUGGGCCAGGACCUCUGGCUAGAAGAGCAUUCAUCUAUGGAGUCACGAGUGGUCGACGCGGUAAAGGUUCUAUUUUCGUUUGGGCUUCAGGAAACGGUGGAAGGCAUACCGAUUCUUGUAACUGCGAUGGUUAUACGAACAGUAUAUUUACUUUGUCAAUCUCCAGUGCAACUCAAGGUGGUUACAAGCCAUGGUAUCUAGAAGAGUGCUCUUCUACGUUAGCAACGACAUACAGUUCGGGUACUCCAGGACACGAUAAGAGCGUCGCUACUGUUGACAUGGACGGAAGGUUACGUUCAGAUCACAUAUGUACUGUAGAACACACGGGAACCUCGGCGUCAGCUCCCUUAGCCGCAGGAAUUUGUGCGUUAGCUUUAGAAGCAAACCCAGAACUCACAUGGAGGGAUAUGCAAUACUUAGUUGUAAUGACGUCACGACCACAGCCAUUGGAGAAAGAAGGAGGAUGGAUUAUCAAUGGCGUCAAGAGGAAAGUAAGUCACAAAUUCGGUUACGGUCUAAUGGACGCAACCGAAAUGGUGACUCUAGCAGAGCAGUGGAUUUCUGUCCCACCUCAACAUAUUUGCAAGUCGCAAGAAAUUAACGAAGAUAAACAAAUAGAAUCAACAUUUGGUUACACUUUAGCUGCUCAUAUGGACGUAAACGGAUGCAGUGGAACUGUAAACGAAGUGCGUUAUCUUGAACAUGUUCAAUGUAAAAUAUCAUUAAGAUUCUUCCCUAGAGGUAACCUACGUAUAUUAUUGACAUCACCCAUGGGUACUAUUUCAACGUUAUUGUUUGAAAGACCACGUGAUGUCGUCAGCUCUAACUUUGACGACUGGCCAUUCCUAAGUGUUCACUUCUGGGGUGAACACGCUGAAGGAAGAUGGACUCUACAAGUCGUCAAUGCUGGUAACAGGCACGUAAACCAAGCCGGUAUACUUAAGAAGUGGCAACUUAUAUUCUAUGGAACAGCAAUAGAUCCAGUAAGACUAAAGUCAAAGAGGCCGUCGCCUGUAGCGCCUCCAUUUGCAUUCCCCACCGCCGCAGACGGCUAUGAAACUAUCGGGGAUUCUUUUUACAACACUGACGCGUUUGCCAAUUACCAGAACUUUCCAAACCUAUUCGCCGCCGGAUCCGAUCCGGAAAAGGCGGUAGCUCGUCUCGACGGACAUAACGUCCCUUCUCCGCAUGGGGAAAAUGUCCUCGCUGAUAGUAAUGACAAGCGCGUCAUGCAUGACUGUGACCCCGAAUGCGAUUCUCAAGGAUGUUAUGGAAAAGGACCAAUUCAGUGCAUCGCGUGUAAACACUAUCGUCUAGAUGACUCAUGUGUUUCCCGAUGCCCGCCAAGAAGUUACGCAAAUCAAGGUGGAGUUUGUUGGCCAUGCCACGAGUCUUGCGAGACUUGCGUUGGACCAGGCCAAGACUCCUGUUUAACAUGUGCGCCUGCACACUUACUAGUUGCAGACCUUGCUGUCUGCCUCCAACAAUGCCCAGAUGGCUAUUACGAAGAUAGCGAGUCGUCGGUGUGCCGGCCGUGUGCCGCCCACUGCGCGACUUGCUCUGAUCGAGCUGAUAGUUGUACAUCUUGUGAACACCACCUAGUCCUACACGACGGUACCUGUUUAGCAUCAUGCCCUGCGUCUCAUUAUGAAACUGAAGAUUAUAUGUGCGCUAAGUGUCACGAAUCUUGCGACACUUGUGAAGGUUCCGGAGAAGCACAGUGUGUGACAUGUCAUCCAUCGACUUAUGCGUUAGACGGACGUUGUGUGACGUCUUGCCCUUCAGGAUACUACGCCGACAAAAAGAGGAAAGAGUGUAUGAGGUGUCCCGUCGGUUGUGCUUCAUGCACUAGUGCUUUUUGUCUGUCGUGCGAAGCAAACUGGACACUGAAUAAAAAAGGAAAAUGUACGCCUCUCGGCUCGGAGAAAUGCAACUCGGGCGAGUACAUCGAGGGACAAAAAUGCAAACGGUGUAACGAGGCUUGCGACUCUUGCUACGGCGAAAAUGAUGCGCAUUGUCUAACCUGUCAGACUCCAAACUUACUACAGGAUUACAAGUGUGUGUCAGAAUGCAGUCAAGGCUACUACGCGGAGGCAGGCCGCUGUGCGCGCUGCAUGCACGGCUGCUCGGAUUGUGUGUCCCGACUCAACUGUACAGCAUGUGCCGGCACACUGAGGCUGCAGUCUGGUGCCUGCAGGACGUCCUGCGCUGAUGGGUACUAUGCGGAUCGUACGACAUGUUCGAAGUGCUACUUGUCGUGUCGGACGUGCAUAGGUCCGAGACGAGACCAGUGCGCGUCUUGUCCCGAAGGCUGGAGGCUUGCCGCGGGAGAGUGCCAUCCUGAGUGCCCACAAGGCUUUUACCAGACUUCAGAUGGCUGUCGCCACUGCCACCACUACUGCCGCGAGUGCGACGGCUCCGGGCCUCUUCACUGCAAGUCAUGCCCUCCUCGAUUUAUGCUGGACGGCGGACUCUGUAUGGAGUGUCUCGGCUCCCAGUACUACGAGCCCAACAGUGGGACGUGUCGCAGCUGUGACGCAUCAUGUAGAACCUGCUCCGGACCGGGGCAGUUCAGCUGUAAUACCUGUUCAAGACCGCUUCGGUUAGAUAGGCUAAACAACCAGUGUGUGCCGUGCUGUGCGGAGCGCGGCGCGACCAACUCGACGCCGACGAACGAGUGCUGCCAUUGUAACCCUGAUUCAGGUGAAUGUAUAAACUCGUCGGUGGCGGGCAAGCGUCGCAUCGCGGAGUGGGGCGCGCUGCACACCGCGCCGAGCGCGCAGGCCGCGCCGAGCGUCGCGGUCGUCACGAUCGCGGUGUGCGCGGCCGCCAUCACUCUGUUCGUCGCCGUGCUUAUGGUGCUACAGAUGCACAGUCCCCGUGAGCAGAAACCGAAGAGGUCCCGCGACCGCGGCGUCGUGUACUCGCCGCUCGCCUGCACCGACGAAGGCGACGCCGGUCUCACCUCGCGCACCGCCUUCCCCGCGAGAAUGAAAGAGACAGAAAUAUCCACCGAGUGCGAACACGAACCACUACUCGAACAUUCCACAUAGCGCGCGCUGUGAUCGUAGAAGUAAGUUUAUGACGUAAUGUGUUAUCAUCGGAGAGUCAAGUGAUUCCGCGUUUACUGCGCUAGGGGUAAGUCAAUAAGUGAUGUGCGGUCACAACUUCCUAGUUAUUGAAAUUUUUAGUUGUUCACCAAUUAUCCCGAUAGAGAUAUAAGCAGUGAGUCGACUUUGCUAGUUUGUAACGCUUCGCGCAUGCGCUCGAGUCAAUUAAAGUUGGAUUAUUGUUCAUUUCUUUGUUGUUUAAAAGCGGACCAUUACAAUUAUGUGGGAUGUUGUUAGAACUUACCUUUCAACGUAAGCUUUGUAAAACCAGUGAAGACCUGAAGCUCGUUAUGUCACAAAGCGCGGACUUUUUAUCGAUAUAGCCAACAUAAUAUAGUAACUCGUGUUAAUUAUUUAUUUCCUCGACAAUUAUCUAUCGAUCGAUAAAAUGUCCAUGCUUUACUUUCUUAUUGUUAAGACUAAAGUUCGAUAAAGCAGACCUAUCGAUAAAAGUUUUAUGACUUUAGUUCGCAGUUACCGUCUUUGCAUAAUGUUUGGCGAAACUGGUAGAGUUGGUCUCCACUGUUGGCUGCUCGAAACGUAUUUUUGUCCUUAACUCGACCAUAAUACCGACAAAGAGUAAUCCAUAAUACGUAGAUCGUUUCUCGUAACAAAAAUGUACCUUAUGUUGACGUGAAUAUGGAUUAUUUUAGUUUAACAUGUUUCAUUCUUAUUGGAUCUUAAACGUGGAACGUUUGUCGAUAUUUUAAAGCAUUACCAGUUAUUCUUUGUCGAUAUUAUGCCUCGAUAUAAUUAUAAUCUCAUCACCAGUCGAAGUACUAAAGUCUCGUAUUUAACGUAACUAUGUAUGUAUGUAAUAUAGCUAGAUAUAAAAUUGUAAGUUGAACAAAGAGUUCGUGUAACUGAUGGUUUCGGCGCCUCAUUACAUUGUGAUACUUUGACAUACUGUGCGGUGUUCCUUGGGCAUCAUCUUGUUUCCAUGACAACCUAUAUUCAAUAGCAAUAGAUUCUACAUUCCGUGCAGCUUUUGAAAGUGAAAUUAUUAUAAAGAUGGGUUCAGACAUUUUGAGAAUUUCCUGAAUUAUCGCGGUGUAUCAGCUGUGAUGAUUGCGUUCCACUAUUUCUUUAAAGUGUUUUGCAGUAGUAGAAGUGAGACACUACUUUUUAUCGUGCAUUGUGCUAUCUCCCUCCUACAAGUGAACAGCAUAUAGCGUUGUCUCAUUUCUACAACUACAACUAUUUUACAUCAAGAGGUAGAGCUCCUGAACGUUGUAUAAACACUCAGUUCACAUUAAACACAAAUAAAACGCGCAAUGGCGUCCUCGAUGUCUGUCUUCGGCUUUACGCUCCCAUCGUUAACUGGUAAUUAAUCUAAACUUAAUCAAUUAAGAUUAUGAUAACUGGUUCGUAGUAAGUUUCGUAAUGUUUAAGGAACACAAGUCCUUAUUAGGGGCACCAUGUUUGCUGUUACAUCUUGACUUAGUUUGCUCCUAACUUAAUCAAACCUUGCUUUGCCUUUGAUGUUGGCCCCAAGGUUAUUUACUUCCCUAAGAUAUGCAGCUACCGUACUAUGACGUCACUCUGCAUGCCGAAAUGAUUAAUGUGUCUUACAUAUUCGGGGUGUCUUCAUUACUUGAUUGUGUUACUGCUUAUGCGAACAUGAUGCAUUGUUAUACCAAUUUGAUAAGAAAGCGAUGCCCGUUAAGUUUUUUGAAUAGGCAGUUAUUCUAAAAUUGUAUAAGAUCUGCUUGGACUCCGCUUUCAUUUAUGUUUUAUUGGUGUUCCAAUAAGACAAUAGUGUCUGCUUGAGUCUGUGAUAGGAUUAGUCGAUCGGGUAUCAGCAAACAUGAUUCCGUCUCAAGAGUCAUACAAAUCCAAGCCAUAAGACAUGCCACAAACACAUAUAAUGUAAUACGAAUCUGGUUUAAGAUCUGAAGAGCUCUCUCGUAUGGCGUUACGACCGUAACUGUAAUUAAACGUAUUUUAAUUGUAAUUUAGUUGAUAGGCCCAAAGUUACCAUAGCGUUUUAAAAAUUGUACAAUUUUUAAUUUUGAACCUUAUCAAGAUGACGAAAA